UGGAGUCAUAAUCUGUCGUUCCGGGGUAUAUUCAUCUGAUAAUAAUGCUGUCAUCAAAUUUUCGUCGCACCGUACUUUCGUCUCGAAACCUUUGGGCACGGUCUUUUGCAACGGGCCCUGCUUCAGGCGGAUCUGUUUCCGAUGAAAUGCUUCAAAAGCUAGGAAGUCUCUCCACUCAAGCUCUCGUCGAUGGUCUAUGGGUAAUGGGAUGGCCGCCCGCCCAGAUUGAUGGGGCUCGACCUCUUACGAGUGGUAUGAAAUGCGUAGGACGUGCUGUCACCCUAAACUUUGUACCAGCUCGUCCUGACGUUGCACAAGACAAACCCCCUGGCGGUGAAUCCCCAGAGUACGAGGCAUUUGAACUGUGCGGUCCGAAUGAGGUAUGGUUAUCAUCGUGAUGUUAGGAUGAAUACUGCCAAAUGAAACGAAUGGAGACAGUUUCUUUUUGCAACCUUACUCAAUGGAAAGUCUGAACCGAAAUUUCUGCAUCUUAUAUUUUAUGUUUCUUUGUUCUGUUCUGUCCUGCGCAUUCUACUUUCAAUUUGUCGUCGCCUGAAUUCAAUCCAAGGUCCUGGUUAUGUCGAGUGUGGGUCCUGCUGAAAGUGUUGGAGGAGACAUCAAAUUUCUUCGGCUAAAACAACGUGAAAUUGGUGGACUCGUUACAGACGGGAGUGUCCGUGAUACGGACGAAAUCAUCAACUACGGUUUUCCGGUAAGUUUUUCGUUGAUACUCCGGACCUCUUAAUGAUUGUGGGAUACGGGUACUUGUAUUAGAACUAUGCUAAACGAUGUCUUGGCCUGUUGACUGUGUUAGUGCUUUUCGGAUUCAACCACUGCUCGUCAAGGACCAGCUGCAAUGCAGCCGUGGGAGUGCAACGGCGUGAUUAGCGUUAGCGGUGUGACCGUUAGACCUGGUGACGCUAUCGUUGGUGAUCAAGAUGGUGUAGUUGUUGUCCCUGCUAAAGUUGCUGAUACGGUUUACUCGAUUGCUCAUGGUCGAGAGGUCAUUGAAGAGAUUAUCAAAGAGGAAUUGAUCAAAAACCCCGGUCCACCUGGAAAAUUCUACCCAUUUAUGAGUGGAAAGAUCAAGGUUGAUUCUCCUCUUGGCGAACUCUUAGCCUCGAAAGGAAUCACUCCAGAAAAUUCCAAUCAAUUCGAGGGUACUGCUGACUGGUAAUAUGUUACUUUCGUUCUGAUAUACGGUAGUUCUCAUAAUUUCCAACCUUCAAUUUGAAGCUUCUAGAAACGAACCACAAGGGCCGUGCCCUCUGUCACGAACCUUUGUCAGAUUCACACAACGCAUCGGGUUUUCCACAGAUUAUUUGGAGCUUAAUUUAAUCGAGAUUGAAAUGUUUUGCUAGCUCGUCUCUAAUUUUCUCUUUCCCUCUGAUGAUAUCGCCAUGGCAGGGAAUAAGAUUAUCUGGUUCCCAUUCAUUGAGGACUAUAUCAAUAACU